CAGAGGCAACAUCUGGACAGAACAGCUGCACACUGAACACUGAACACUGCAAGAUGCGCUUCUUCACUUUCCUCUGGACACUCGGCUUCCUGCUGGAAGAGGCGCAGGCAUGGGGCUACAAAAACGGAGUAUUUCAUAAUUCAAUAUGGCUGGAACAAGCAGCUGGAGUUUACCACCGGGAAUCACGUAAAGGGAGAUACCAGCUGACGUAUUACGAUGCCAGUGCUGUCUGCAAGUACGAGGGAGGGAACCUGGCCACUUAUGAACAACUGGAGGCGGCUCGUCAAAUAGGUUUCCAUGUGUGUUCUGCUGGAUGGUUUGACAAAGGACACGUCGGCUACCCCAUUGUCAAACGCGGUAGCAACUGUGGCUUUGGGAAGAUUGGCAUCGUCGACUACGGAGUCAGGAAGAACAGAAAGGAGAAAUGGGAUGUGUACUGCUACAACCCAGACUCUAAGGAGUGUGGUGGCGUGCUGACAGAACAGCAGAAGGUCAUUCAGUCUCCUGGCUUCCCAAAUGAAUAUCAAGACGAACAGAUCUGCUACUGGCACAUCCGUGUGCGCCUCGGCCAGAGGAUACACCUCCACUUCCGGGAGUUUGAUAUAGAGGAUGACAUAGAGUGCCUUGCAGAUUUCCUGGAGGUGUACGACAGCUACGAUGACGUCAACGGCUUCGCUGGGAGAUUCUGUGGCGAACACACACCUGAAGAUAUGAUCAGUACAGGAAACGUGAUGACGCUGAAGUUCCUCACUGAUGCUUCAGUCAUAGGCGGCGGCUUCCAGUUAAAAUACACCGCCGUUAAUGCGUCGCUGCCUUUACAGAAUCAAACCCACAUCUUCGACUGACCGACGGUUUAAUACACUGAUGGAAUCCUGUUGCUGUAUUCAUCAUUUACUGUAGUUAAAAUAUGUUUUCACAGCUGGUUAAAGAGAUUAUUUGUCAUUAUUCCAACUAAUUAUAUUAUUAGGCAUUAAAUUGUGCCGCAGUUUCUGACAUUUCUGAUGUUUUAGAUAAAAUAAACAACUCUGUGGUCACCUCUCCUGAGGCUACUCUAUAGAAAACAAAUCUGGUUUCUAGUUAUUCCAAUUAUAUUUAACUACUGUAUCGACCUGGGUAUUUUGUGAAUAGGCAUCUUGGUUUAAGUGUUGCUUCUUUGUUUUUCAGUGUCUCAUUUCUGCACCUUUUAUGAUCCAUUACCAUUUUUUAUACACACCUCCAUUAUAAGCUAUUCAUAAAAGCCUACUGUACUGAUGGAUUGAUAAUGUUGUAUAAUUUACCCCCCUUUCUAAAACUUGUAUUUUGCAAAUUUGUGAAAUUAAAUUAAGUUGAUUCUUUCGGCCUAAAUAAAGGGAAUCUGAGAGAAA